GCUCCUGGCAGGGAGGCGAGUCCCAGAUGAUAUUGGCAGAGACUUUGAUGACAGCAGUGUUGUCUGAGGAGCAGCAGGUGUGGAGUGCAACCUUCCAACACAGACUUCUUACAGGUCUCCCAGGUGAUUGACGUCAUUGCUACUUAGAGAACCCUGGACUAGAAUGGCCUUGACUUGCUGCUAUUGGGUGACAGGAGGGAGCAGACAUUAGCAACACUUUGGACACGUAGUUCUACAUUGUCCAUGGGCCCUCCCCUGGCCCCCAUUUCUGAGAGCAGCCAUGGCCCUGACUGACAUAGAUGUGCAGAAGCAGAUCAAGCACAUGAUGGCAUUCAUUGAGCAAGAGGCCAAUGAGAAGGCGGAAGAGAUAGACGCCAAGGCGGAGGAAGAGUUCAACAUUGAGAAAGGCCGCCUGGUGCAGACCCAGCGGCUGAAGAUCAUGGAUUAUUUUGAGAAGAAGGAAAAACAGAUCGAGCAGCAGAAAAAAAUCCAGCUGUCCACCAUGAGAAACCAGGCUCGGAUCACAGUCCUGAGAGCCCGAGACAAUCUCAUCUUAGAAUUGCUCAGAGAUGCGAAGACGAGACUCAGCAGAAUUGUGUCGGAUGAAGAAGUCUACCGGGAUCUGCUGGAUAAGCUUGUGCUCCAAGCCUUGCUCCGGCUGCUGGAGCCUGUGAUGAUUGUCCGCUGCCGGCCACAGGACCUCCACCUGGUGGAGUCUGCGGUGCUAAGAGCCAUCCCUCGGUACAUGAUGCUCUGCCAGAAGCAUUUGGAGGUCCAGGUUGAUGAAACUGAACACUUGGCUUCCAAUGCCGUCGGAGGGGUGGAGGUUUAUAGCAGCGAUCAGAAAAUAAAGGUUUCCAAUACGCUGGAAAGUCGACUGAAUCUCGCAGCCGUGCAAAAGAUGCCCGAGAUACGGAGGAGUUUGUUUGGGGAUAACGCCAACAGGAAGUUCUUUACGUGAGGCUGUGGGAAGGGAAGCCUGUGUUGAACUGCAGAGUCUUAAGAGUCUAAAGGACAAAAGGACUGGGGUGGAGGGGGUGUCACCUUCCUCUCUGCUCUGCCUCUGUAGUCAUUUCUUAGCUUUGAAUAGCUAAGAGUGUUAUACAUUCUUAACUUUAGAAUAAAUCCCAAAUUAUGCUCAGAA